CUGAGAGGCGAUGGAGCAAACCGCGCGCGCUUGGCAGCAUGACUUUCGCCCGUCUCUUUCUGGCCGCGGCGCUUCUGCUCGUCGGGCCGCUUCUCAAAGCAGCCAGCUCCGCCACCAGCCGCUUCGCUUCUCCGUCUUAUUUGUCGGCCGCUUCUCGGGGCCCGGGCCCGGCGCCGCCGCCGCCGCGCUCCCCGCCGAGCCACCCUCAGCAGCCCGCCGGCGGGGGCGGCUGCCCGAGAAACGGCGGGCGCUUCGUCAACGUGACGGAGUUCGGCGCGAGGUGCUUGCCCUGGCUGGAGGUGCCCACCUUCCUGGACCGGACGCCUCAGGGCAAAGAGCUGCGCGGGCAGCGCAACUUUUGCAGAAACCCGGACGGCAGGAGCAGGCCCUGGUGCUUUUACCGAAACAACCGCGGCAGGGUUGACUGGGGCUACUGUGACUGCAGACAAGGAUCAGUAAGACUUAAAGGUGGAAGAAAUGAGUUUGAAGGCACAGUUGAAAUAUAUCUAAAUGGAACAUGGGGAGCAAUCUGCAGUGACCACUGGGAUAAUGCUGACGCUUCAGUGAUAUGUCAACAACUUGAACUUGGGGAGAGAGGUACAGCAAGGCACACCCUAUUUUCUGGAUCAGGCCUUAUUCCUGUGCACUGGAGCAAUGUGCAUUGCCAUGGCAAUGAAGAAAACCUCAUGCUGUGUGAAAAAAAUAUUUGGCAAGGUCGAAUGUGUUCCCAGAAUAUGGCAGCUGCGGUCACGUGCAGCUUUUCCCAUGCCUCUGAUUUUAUUUCAAUCCGACUGGUGGAUGGGAGCAGCAUUUAUGAAGGAAGAGUUGAAGUCUAUCAUGCUGGCCAAUGGGGAACCAUCUGUGAUGACCAGUGGGAUAAUGCUGAUGCUGAGGUAGUCUGCAGGCAGCUUGGCUUUGGUGGAGUUGCCAAGUCAUGGAGCCAGGCUUAUUUUGGAGAGGGCUCGGGUCCUGUGCUACUGGAUGAAGUACGUUGUACAGGAAAUGAGUUGUCUAUAGAACAGUGCCUAAAGAGUUCCUGGCAAGAACACAACUGUGGCCAUAAAGAAGAUGCAGGGGUUUCAUGCACACCUCUGGCAGAUGGAGCAGUUCGACUAGUUGCUGGAAAAAGCAAUCAUGAGGGACGGCUGGAGGUGCUUUAUAAUGGACAAUGGGGCACAGUCUGUGAUGAUGGAUGGACUGAAUGGAAUACGCAGGUGGUUUGUCGACAACUGGGCUUUAAGAAUGGGAAAAUUGUUUCAGAACGCUUCUUAGAAGAAAAUACAGGACCCAUCUGGCUGGAUGACAUUACCUGCUCUGGAAAAGAGUUUAACAUUCUACAGUGUUCUAAGGGUGACUGGGGACAGCAUGAUUGCAGCCACCAGGAAGAUAUUAAUAUAAAUUGCUAUCGAGACAAUGACAGCCACAAAGCCUUGUUAGGGCCUCCUAUCAGAUUGAUGGAUGGUGAGAAUAAGAAAGAGGGGCGAGUGGAGAUCUAUAUUAAUGGCCAAUGGGGCACAAUUUGUGAUGAUGGAUGGUCUGAUAAGGAUGCAGUUGUGGUAUGUCGACAAUUAGGCUACAAAGGUUUAUCACGAGCAAGGACUAUGGCAUACUUUGGAGAAGGAAAAGGUCCCAUCCAUGUGGAUAACGUGAAAUGCACAGGAAAUGAAAGAUCCCUUGCUGAUUGCAUUAAACAGGAUAUUGGCAAGCAUAACUGUCGUCACAGUGAAGAUGCUGGUGUCAUCUGUGACUAUCUUAUCAAGAAAGCAUCCAGCAGUAAAGAUUCUCUUGCUUCUGUAUGUGGUUUAAGAAUAUUGCAUCGUCGUCAAAAAAGAAUUAUUGGUGGAAAAAACUCCUUAAGGGGUGGUUGGCCCUGGCAAGUAGCGUUGCGCAUUAAAUCAUCCCAUGGAGAUGGAAGACUUCUAUGUGGUGCCACUCUUAUCAGCAGUUGCUGGGUGCUUACUGCAGCACAUUGUUUUAAGAGGUAUGGCAACAAUACUCGAAACUAUGUGGUGCGUGUUGGAGACUACCACACAUUGGUACCUGAAGAGUAUGAAGAAGAAAUCGGAGUACAAGAAAUUGUGCAACACCCAGAAUAUAGGCCUGAUAAUAGUGACUAUGACAUUGCACUAGUGAGGUUGCAAGGGCCUCACGAACAGUGUACUCGCGUUAGUGCUCAUGUUUUACCUGCCUGUUUGCCAUUCAGGCGGGAGAGGCCACAGAAAGCUUCUAAUUGUUACAUCACUGGUUGGGGUGAUACAGGGAGAGCCUACUCAAGAACAUUACAACAAGCUGCUAUUCCGCUUAUUCCUAAAAGAAUUUGUGAAGAACGGUAUCACACAAAAUUCACAGGGAGAAUGCUAUGUGCCGGUAGCCUCCAUGGACAAAAACAGGUAGACAGCUGUCAGGGAGACAGUGGUGGACCAUUAAUAUGUGAACGGCCAGGAAAUAUCUGGGUUGUGUAUGGUGUGACUUCCUGGGGGUAUGGGUGUGGAGUCAAAGACUCUCCAGGUGUCUAUACUAAAGUUUCCUUUUUUAUAUCUUGGAUAAGAAGCAUAACCAAACUAUGAAUGUCCCUUGUUGCACUGGGGAAAUAUUUUUUUUUUCAUGGAUGUAAAACUUUUUGGACAUUAAAAUAAGUCAUCCUAGAAGUAAUGUUGUUUGAACAUGUAAUUCUACCAAGACAAAAUAGUAGAUUACAGCUGCACAAAUCAGAUCAUUCUAUAUGAUUAUCGCAUAUAGUAUUUUGUAUUGUGACAAAUUUUCUACAAUGAACUGUAUACCCUACUAGUUUCAAAUAAUGAAUUUUUAACUGACUUAUACCAUGUUUUAUCUUUAUGAAGUUAUCCUGCCUUCAGUACAUGAAAGAAACAGUUGAAUAAAAUAUCUUGUAAAAGUGUCAAUAUUAUGUAAUAUUGAUGUAUUAAAUUAUGGUUUUUAAUGCAGCGGGUAAAGGUAGGGUAUAAACAGUCUUAAAUAUGUGCUUUAUGACAAUUCAUUUAUGUAUCUACUAACAUUUUAUCAUGCUGUCAUCCGAGUUUUUCCUAACUUGUUCUCUGCUAUUGGAAUAAAAAUCCUAGAUUUUUCAGCCACUCUUUCAAGUUAUUUCUCAGUAUGCUAACAAAUAAUGUUAAUAGUGGCAUUCUACUCUCAGCUUUUUACAAUCGUAAAUUACUUGGCCAAUUUUUAAUGACCAGAACUAUGCCCAAAGUAAAUGCAUCAAAUACUUAACACAUCUACAAAUUAGUUUUAGAAAGUACAUUUAACCUUGCAGUUCAUGGAUUCUUUUCAUUAUUUUGUGUAAGUAUGAUUGUCUAAUAUUGUCUAAACUUAAAUAAGGCCUUUAAAAAAAAACUAGACAGCAAAAAGUAAUUUCUGCUUCUAAGUUAGGAAGUACUUCAAUAAGUACAUGCUGUGAGUAUGCCAUCCA